CCAAGACUCUUACCUCUUCACAUCUUUCCCUGUGGUCAUCCAGCAAGAGCAAGGAAGCAUUGGCCAUGGGGAGGCCAAAACCCAAGGCUGGGGCCUUGGGGCUAAGCGUGCAAUUUGGAUAGGUAGGGGUUCAGGGAGUGGUUCUCACGAUCAUGUUUGGGGGCCCGGGAGCCCUUCGGGGCCGAGUAGAGGAACUCAAACGGCCCUGGUGGAGAGAGGCCCUACCCCUGGUCCUGAAGCACAGUGAAGCUGCCCGGCUGGCUGCCGAUGCCCUCCUGGAACAUGGUGAGGCCGCCUAUCUUCGAGUCAUUGCUGAGGAGCGUGAGCUGCCCUUCCUUUCUGCCCUAGACCUUAACUACAUGACCCAACAUGUUCGUGGAGGCCCUGAGAUUGGGGAUAGUGGUGAGAGUGGAGAUAAAGAUGGCAAGGCAGGCCCCCAGACCUCUGGCACCACUGACCGGCUCAGCUUCAUCUCUCAGGCCACGUCUGGCACCUAUUUCCCAGCAGCAACAGAUGCUGAACCACCUGCCCUGGACCUGGGUUGGCCUGAGGUACCCCAGGCCACAGGCUUCAGCCCCACACAAGCUGUUGUCCACUUCCAAAGAGACAAAGCCAAGAACAUCAAAGACUUACUGCGCUUCCUCUUCAGCCAAGCUCGCACGGUACAAGACUGGAUGGUUGUGGCUGUGGUAAUGGAUGUGUUCACAGACAUGGAGCUGCUCUGUGAUUUGAUGGAGGCUUCAGGACGUCGGGCUGUGCCUGUUUACCUGCUGCUGGCUCAGGACAGCUUGCACCACUUCCUGGAGAUGUGCUACAAGAUGGAUCUCACUGGGGGCCACCUGCCGAACAUGCGUGUGCGGAGCAUUUCUGGGGACACCUACUGCAGCAAGGCAGGACGACGCUUCACAGGGCAGGCACUAGAAAAAUUUGUCAUCAUUGACUGUGAGCAGGUGGUGGCUGGGAGCUACAGCUUCACAUGGCUCUGCAGCCAGGUUCACACCAGCCUCGUGCUGCAGCUUCGGGGCCGAAUUGUUGAGGACUUCGACCGAGAGUUCCGCUGCAUGUUUGCUGAGUCUCAGGCUGUGGAGGGCUUUUCUGGCGGGGAGGAAGAUGUCUUGACUCCUCGGGCUCCCCGCCCACCCCCACCUCCUCUGGCUUUUGAGUCAGGCCUCCCUAGUUCACCAUCUACCUCACCAAUUGGCCCUAGCCUUGGCAGUGUCAAAUGUUCCCCCCUUACAAGCUCUUCCUACUGUGGGCUGCCUGGAGGUGGUGGCGGCAUUGGCUUCAAUGGUCUUGUGGCUUCCGGUUCCCCUGGUUCUGGCUGUCACCAAGCCAGUGGCCCCUUUCCCUUGCACCGGCGAUUAUCAGACCCCAACCACAACCCAACUAUAGCUUAUCGACCCAGCUUAGGCACACUGGGGACAGCUCCUUGGGCUCAGUCAUCGCCAGCCCUCAAUCAGGAAGGACUAGGGUUGGGGUUUGGGCUGGGGGUAGGACCAGUAACGGGACCAGGGCUAGGGAACCCUCUGAUUUCUCGCCAGCUCCACCUUGUGCCCCUUCCUCGACUUCCAGAGAAUGGGCUUGCCCAUAGCCAGGAGCCCAGCCUACCCAGGGGCCUCUGUGGAAUGCCUACAUUAGCCCCAGAAGUGAGUCAGAAGCCACUACAGGAGAGGAAGCCAUCCCCUCCCAGCCAUAACUAUGGACGACUGGACCUCCUCCCCAAGGGUUCUCAGACACCUGGUUCUGGGAAUCCAGGCUCUGGGGACCAUGCCAAGGUCAGGGAGCAGUCUGUGGAUCAGAGGCGACCAACUCUGGGCCAGCUGGACCUUGUGGCUAAAUAUGGUCCAUUCCGGAUGGAGGGGACAGGGCCAGUUAGGACCUCUACCCCAGAUUCCAUGGGCAGAGCCAAGGUGGCCUCUGAAGAUGAGAAGCGGCUGACCCUGGGCCACAGCAAGUUAGACCUCAUCACUAAAUAUCACAGGCUACAGGGGAUAAAAAGGAGCCCAGACCCAGGUGUCCCUGGCAUCCGUAGUGUUUCUAGCCCACGGGAAUCUGUUGUUUCUGGUGUACCUACUGUCCCUAACCCACAGGAGCCCAGUGUCUCCAGUGUUCCUGGUCCUCAAGCAUCCUGCAUCCCUGCUGGUUCCCAGAAUCAUACUCCUGGGGAUGAGAAAUGUCUGACUUUGGGUCACAGCAAGCUGGAUCUCAUCACUAAAUAUAACAAAUCCAAGUUCAGACUGAUUCGAAGCCGCUUUGAGACCUAAGACCCCUUUGCCUGCCUCUUAGACCCAGGAUCUAUAGGAAACACCUGUGACUGGUCCUAGUUCAUUGCUGGUCUGACCUGUCACAGACACAAGGGUUAGAACCAGAGGCAAGUGUCACCAGGGGCCAAGGCUACUGCUCCCUCAACCCUACUGAUGCCUAAUGUCCCUGACACUUAACCUCUUCACCUAAAAUUCCAACCUACUGAUCCCAACGCCACUAACUACAACCUCAUUUCUGACCUACUGACCCUGCUCCCCAUCUCCACCCCACUAUGGACUGUAUUUAUCCACUGAUAUUCAACCUCACUGAACCCCACCCAUCUGACUUCCCACCAUAACGAACCUGAUUUGUGACCUCAACACACUCACAGAUCAACCAGUAUUUACUGAUUGCUCCCUGACUUUGUGCAUAUUAACUAUGUUCCAGGUGUGGGGGUGGGGGGGGGAAGCAAAGGUUGUGGAUAGGAUUAUCACAACUAAGGUAAUGAGCUCUCUAUCAUUAAUAUGGUCCUAUCUGAAUGAGGCUUCCUUAACCUCUGAGGUCCCUGACCCAGAAACAGGUGAGGACACCUGUUCUGCAGGAUGGAGUCUGGAAAGCAAAUUGCCAGAUUUGUCCUGCCUGGCUCCUGGGGCUGCUACUAGAAGGAAGGGAGGAACCAGGAAAGGGAGAGAAGAGGAGGACUAGAACAGUCCCCCAAGAUAGGGGAAGGUACCCAAAGCCAAGGAGACGUCCAGAACAGGGAUGCACCAACAAGUCGGUCGACCGGACAAGCACACAAUACGUGCAAACCCCCUCCCCCGGGGUCACAUGGGACAACCCUUUCCCUGGGCCACAUCAAUGUCCAGUCACAGUGGAAAAUUAACACAAAUAAACUUAAGCGUCCCUGACCAA